GGAAAGGCAGACGCUUCCCUGUCGGACCAGCACCCGCACAUCCCAGUGUUGACAAACAGGGAGGCGGUGAUGGCAGGGGACUCCCAGCACACAGCGGACCCCAGGCUGCUCAACCUCUUCAUAUUCAACUCAUCCUACGGCCAGAAGGAGGGACAUGAACACGAGAAGAUUCUGUUCUACUACCCGAGUUCUGCCGACUUAGACACACAGGUGCGACAUGUGGGGCUGGCCGAGGCAAUCACCAGGUUCUCCAGUACGUUCAAGAAGGAUGGUGACUGUGAGGCCGUACACACACAGAAGACACGCCAGCUCUUCCUGCAGCCUGAGCCAAACAUUUGGAUGGUCAUGACAGUGGCCAUAGGGUGGGUGUCAAGGAUGCGAGAGUCAGGUCCAGUGAGAGAGUACCAGAGUGAGGCGGUGCAGGACGUGGUGCUGCGUGCCUGCCUGGCGUCCCUGUACCGUGCCUUCGCUCUUCGCCACAGCUCCUUCAGUGCGGUGCUGGAGGCGAGGGGGCUGGAGGGACUCAAGGCCACGCUGGAGUCUUUUCUUACCUCCUACAUGUCAUCGGUUGAGCUCAGCAGUGGCGACAUCCUGACAGUGUGGUCUGGUGUGUCCUUCCUCCCGCUGGACAGACAGACCUUCCUCAGAAUACACUGCUGCCUCUCCCUCCUGCAGGCGUCCUUCCCCACCAUUGCUCACACCGCCUUCUUCUAUAACCAGCAUAUUGUUUGGUGUGGUUUGGCAAUGGAGGACCUGCGUUCACUCUCCCAGUACCUCAACACACAGCUCUUGCAAUCACGGAAGGACUCCAUCACCUCCUCCUCAUCCUCCCACUCUUCCUAUCUCUCCAGAUUCGUGGGCAAGGGUGUGACGCCAUGCCUGGAGGUUCAUGUGAGGGAUGAGUCAGGGGAGCUGCAGCCACACCACCUGCUCCUCUACUCUCUCAUGGGGGUCACCAUAUGCCUCACCUUUGCUGAAUCAGAGAGCCUAACCCCACAGCUGUUUGAGAAGAUUGACCGACUGCUGGAGGCCAAAGUUUCCCAGCUGGCCAGUGACAUCGGGGAGCAGUCCGGCAAGAAGGCAGGAGGUGGCGGACCGGGGGCAGAGGGGGGCAGUGGUGGUGGGGGUGGGGGCACUGGCGGCAGUGGUGGUGGUGGGAGUGGUGGGACCUUUCGCUACGUGUACCACAAUCACAUGAACCUUGCUACGAAAAGCACGGUACAUGCCCCCAACCAGCCCCUGCCAGCUGAGGUCAUGAGGGCCAUUGCUGACAUGCACUCAGACAUGCAGAAAUGCCAGAGUGGUGAGUUGGUGGUGAAGACAUCGCAGGACCAUUGGAUUGUGGGAAGGUGUGGUGACGGGAGGGAGUUCUAUGUUGUCGUCAAUCACAAGAAUGCAAACUUGGUGGAGGUGACAGAUGAAGUGAGUCGGAUGUGUGCCAGUCAUUUCAGCAACAUCUUCAUGAUUGAGUGACUUGCCAGCACCAUCCAGUCAGUCAUCCAGUCAGCCAGUCAGUCAGUCAGUCAGUCAGUCAGUCAAGUGUUGGGAGCCAUUAUGUGAAGUAUUGUUUUUAUUAUUACUAUUAUUAUUGUUAUUGUCACUACUGUUGUCACUUCCAUGUAUGUUGCUAUUGAUCUAUUUAUUUGGAGGAAGGAAACGUAUGGUAUAGUAUUUUUGCACUUGAAAAGAGCAGCUGUACUAUUAACUGUUAUUAUUUCCAUUAGUUUUGACUGUCCCCCUCUGCCAUCAAUGUUAAUGGGGCUAAGAGAGAGAGAGAGUGUGUGUGUGUGUGUGUGUGUGUUUCUUGUGUAUAUAUUGAUUAAGUUGAGAUUAGUUGAUUGUUGCCAGAGAGAGAGAGAGAGAAUGAUGAUGAUGAUGAAAAAAUUAUAGUUUAAGUUUUGACUAUUUGCAGCUUAUAUAAAAACCCUCUGCUUUUUAUACCUGAUAGUAGUAGUAGUAGUAGUAGUAGUAGUAGUAGUAGUAGUAGUAGUAGUAGUAGUAGUAGUAGUAGUAGUAGUAGUAGUAGUAGUAGUAGUAGUAGUAGUAGUAGUAGUAGCAGUAGCAGUAGUAGUAGUAGUUAGUUUUUAUACAGUGGCAAUGUGUGUGUGUGUGUGUGUGUGUGUGUGUGUGUGUGUAAAAAGAUGAAUGGUUUAGAAAUAAUGUAAGUAAACCAUUCCAGGCAUGUGUGUGUGUGUGUGUGUGUGUGUGUGUGUGUGUGUGUGUGUGUGUGUGUGUGCGUGUGUGUUGUUUGAGCAGUGAACUAAUUUGAAUAAUAUUUCUUUUUCUUUUUUUUUCUCAUUUAUGUAAUUUCUUUUAAACUAAAGAAUUUGUUUUGCUUUUUUAUUUUUCCUGUUUUCUUGUGUGUGUGUGUGUGUGUGUGUGUGUUUGAAUUGGUUAUAUAAUAAAAAUAAUUAUGAGUGUAUUUAUUUUAGAGUGACAUUUCAAUGAUUAUUUAUUAUUUUGAGUGCAUAUCUAUAAUAAUUAUAAACUUUAAUAUGAUUCUCUCUCUCUCUCUCUCUCUCUCUCUCUCUCUCUCUCUCUCUCUCCUGGUGGUAAUUCUGUCAUUUAUUGAGAGAGAGAGAGAGAGAGAGAGAGAAUUAUGUCCAAAGUUUCUAUUGUGUGACUGCUAUUAUUACUAUGAAUUAUUACUGUUAUUAUUAUUAAUAUAUAUGACUUCCAUUGAGGUAAUUAUGUAUAUGAUUAUGCAUUAAACUGAUAACUUUUA